AUGGACGCCUUACUUGCGAAGCUGGGAGCCCAGGCAAUGAACAUGGCCAUCAGGUCAGGCAUUGCCUUGACCUCAACCUAUGCCUUCUCCCAGUGUUCUCGCCUCAUGAAGACUGUCGAUGAUCGAACUGUCCGUUCAGAUAUCAAGAAGCUCCAGAAGAGGCUGGACAGCAAAAUCAAGGCAAGAUUCCACCUUCUGAUCGUCUCUCCUGCAAUAGAUCUCAUAGAGUUCAAAUCAGGUAGAGGAAACGCCUUCUUGGAGUCAGCCCUUCCUCUGGCCAAGAGUCUUCGUCGAGAUAUCGUAGCCCUAGGUCGUCGGGUCGAACAAGCAGCUCAAGCUGGAGAAGCAUCACGAGGGUCUUCACGACAAAGUAUCGACUCUGAGAGGCAAUUCGAAGAACUGAAAGCCAUCAUCAAAGACAUGAAAGAUCUCUUGGCCCAGCUGGACAAUGAUAUUCCCCUGCUGCAUAUGGCCAUAUCAGCGUCAGGAGAGAGUCUUAAUUCUGCAAUGUCCCCCCAUAUAUCGCCUUCGAGGUUCUCGCAAGCAGGAACGUUCCUCACCUAUGGUGAUAGUCAAUUCGCCGUCGAUCCUACUCAUCCGGCGCAGAUUGGACCCAUCUUUACACUGUCAAUCUACAUGCUGUUCCUCGGUCACUCCUCAAAAUCUGCCAAGGGAAGCAAGCAUGCUGCAAACCCGCAAACACCCCAAAAAAGCUCCUUCGGCGAAAGCGCCCAACCUUACGGUAUUGGAGAGGGGGACCGCAAGCCAUUGUGGCAAGAAGUCAUGCACAAAGCCAGGGUACGACUGUGUCGGACACCUAUGGACCAUGUCUUCGACUCUGAAGAAGGCUUUCGACCGAAAGCGCCCAAAGAUCAAGACUCUGACGAAUCAAGGUUUUAUGGUUCAAAUCCUUUCGGCUUUGGCCCGCGCAACGAGUAUGCUUACCACUUGGAAAUCAUUGAGGACCUAGAUGAUGGGCGCGCUCAUGACGACCUGGAAGCAGACGACACUCCGUAUGACGAUAUCGUGCGGGCGGGUAUUCGUGAGUCUAUACCGAUCUAUCAAAUAUCCAGGAUCUUCUACGCCGACACUGGCCGAAUUCUCAACAUUGGCAGUGACGACGGCGACAACAAUCCAGUCUUGUUGCUGAAACGGGACGUUCUUGCCAAGCCACCUCUCAAGACUCAAGAGGAAAUGAUGUCUUUCCAGGAUGAGCCGGACUCACCGACAGCUUUUAUGGCCGGUAGUGAAUCAGAAGACAUAGAUGAGCAGGAUGACGUUGACAGGCAGCUUCGAGAAGAGAGCGCAGCGCUGGACACCCCUCAAGAAUUGCCUGAGCCUCCCGUUUCUCAUCCUCGCAGAAGCUUCCCGAGCCACUUAGAUCCGGAAUGGAUCGCUCUGGAGGUUUUCGAAGAGGAUGAGUCGGAUAGCAGCGAUACGGAAGAUGAAGAUGUUGUUGAGCAGCUGCCUAGCUUACCAAGGUUGGCAACGCCUACUUCGGCAAGAGGGUCUCCUAGACCAGCCUUGCGGAACUCUCGCACUUCGCUGGACUCGAGACUCAUGGCACAGAUCCAGAAUUUAUCUGUGCAGUCAUCCCCCUUCAGUAGAAGCGUGAGAUCGCCGACGCCGACGCAGCCCUUCUCGCAGGAAGUGGCAAAGCAUUCGCUGAACAGUUCAGACUCGUUCGCGGCGAGGUCACCAUUUAAUGCUGUCGUCACUUCUCUGUCUCUCAUGGAGAUGCUGAUUCGACUGACGAGUUUGCAAGAGUUCCAGCAGGCACCGCAUCUCACGAUGCACGACCAUAUCCUGAACUUCUUCUUGGAGGAAUCAUCGACGACUGGGCUCACGGGAGAAGAGCGUUUGAGGGCUCGAACGGAGACGAAAAAGCGUGUUGGUUUUGAUCCAUACACUGAUACCCCAUCUAGACAAUAG